AUGGGUCUCAUAGAGAAGGAUCAAAUUCCUCGUGGUUUCCCCACCAUUGAUAUGGGCCCGCAGUUAAAGGUGGUUGAACGCACUCGAACAGCCACGAUGUUAUGUGCAGCCAGUGGCAAUCCUGAUCCUGAAAUAACUUGGUUCAAAGAUUUUUUACCUGUGGACACAAGCAACAACAAUGGGCGCAUCAAACAAUUGCGAUCAGAAUCUAUUGGUGGUACACCAAUAAGAGGUGCCCUCCAAAUCGAACUGAGUGAAGAAUCUGACCAAGGCAAAUAUGAGUGUGUUGCAACCAACAGUGCGGGUACCCGCUAUUCUGCCCCUGCCAAUCUAUAUGUCAGAGAGCUGCGAGAAGUUCGUCGAGUCCCACCGAGGUUCUCAAUCCCACCCACCAACCACGAGAUCAUGCCAGGAGGGAGUGUUAAUAUCACUUGUGUUGCUGUCGGGUCACCAAUGCCCUAUGUAAAAUGGAUGCUGGGGGCUGAAGAUCUGACCCCUGAAGAUGAUAUGCCAAUAGGAAGGAAUGUUUUGGAGCUGAAUGAUGUCAGGCAGUCUGCCAACUACACCUGUGUGGCCAUGUCCACUCUUGGUGUUAUAGAAGCAAUAGCACAGAUAACUGUCAAAGCCUUACCUAAACCUCCAGGAACUCCCGUUGUGACAGAAAGCACAGCAACAAGCAUCACUUUGACUUGGGAUUCUGGAAACCCUGAGCCAGUGUCUUACUACAUUAUCCAGCAUAAACCUAAAAGCUCUGAGGAACCUUAUAAGGAAAUCGACGGAGUGGCCACUACACGAUACAGCGUUGCUGGUUUAAGCCCAUAUUCUGAAUAUGAGUUCAGAGUAGUUGCUGUCAAUAACAUUGGACGUGGUCCACCCAGUGAACCUGUUUCAACGCGGACCUCAGAGCAAGCACCAUCUAGUGCGCCACGUAAUGUACAGGCUCGUAUGUUGAGCUCAACCACCAUUUUGGUGCAAUGGGAAGAACCGGAAGAACCAAAUGGUCAAAUACAAGGUUACAGAGUUUAUUAUACCAUGGACCCUUCCCAACAUGUCAAUAGUUGGUUGAAGCACAAUGUGGCUGACAGCCAUAUCACCACCAUUGGGAAUCUAAUACCACAGAAAACCUAUUCUGUAAAAGUUCUUGCUUUUACCUCAGUUGGGGAUGGACCUCUUUCUAGUGAUAUUCAAGUCAUCACUCAGACAGGAGUACCUGGACAGCCAUUGAACUUCAAAGCAGAACCCGAAUCUGAAACAAGCAUAUUACUUUCUUGGACCCCUCCACGGUCUGACACAAUCUCCAAUUAUGAUCUCGUUUACAAAGAUGGAGAACAUGGAGAAGAGCAGAGAAUUUCUAUUGAACCAGCAACAUCUUACCAUUUACAAGGCCUGAAACCAAAUAGUUUGUAUUACUUCCGUCUCUCUGCGCGCUCUCCGCAGGGCCUUGGUGCUUCAACUGCAGAAAUUUCAGCAAGAACAAUGCAGUCAAAGCCAUCAGCUCCUCCUCAAGACAUUAGUUGCAACAGCCCCAGCUCCACUAGCAUUUUGGUAAGUUGGCAUCCUCCUCCAGUGGAAAAACAGAAUGGAAUUAUCACUUCCUACUCCAUCAAGUACACUGGAAUUGAUGGGGAAGAUGACAAGCCCCAUGACAUUUUGGGAAUUGCUCCGGAUACUACACAGUACCUUUUGGAACAGUUGGAAAAAUGGACUGAAUAUCGGAUUUCUGUGACAGCCCACACUGAUGUCGGACCUGGCCCAGAGAGUGAAUCUGUAUUGAUUCGGACAGAUGAAGAUGUUCCUAGUGGUCCUCCUCGCAAAGUCGAGGUAGAGGCUGUCAACUCUACAUCUGUUAAAGUGUCAUGGCGUUCCCCAGUGCCCAAUAAGCAGCAUGGUCAAAUCCGAGGAUACCAGGUGCAUUAUGUGAAGAUGGAAAAUGGAGAGCCUAGGGGCCAGCCCAUGCUGAAGGAUAUCAUGUUGGCUGAUGCACAGUGGGAAUAUGAUGAUACUACUGAACAUGAAAUGAUUAUUUCUGGACUACAGCCUGAAACAACGUAUUCCCUAACUGUGACAGCCUAUACAACUAAAGGAGACGGCGCACGCAGCAAGCCAAGACUAGUGUCUACCACUGGCGCAGUUCCAGGAAAACCUCGCCUUGUGAUUAGCCAUACACAAAUGAGUACGGCUCUCAUUCAGUGGCAUCCCCCUGCUGACACAUAUGGCCCCCUGCAGGGAUACCGCCUGAGUUUUGGCCGAAAAGACAUGGAGACAUUUAAAAUGAGGGAAUUUACUGAAAAGGAUGACCACUACACAGCCACAGAUAUCCAUAAAGGGACUUCCUACGUCUUCAGGCUUGCAGCUAGAAAUAAAGUGGGCUUUGGGGAGGAAAUAGUCAAAGAAAUUUCAAUUCCGGAAGAUCUACCAAGUGGAUUCCCUCAGAACCUACAUACGGAAAGUGCCACUUCAUCAUCGGUCCUGUUAACUUGGCAGCCACCCAUUUUAUCAGAGAGAAAUGGAAAUAUCACUAAAUAUACCCUGCUAUACAGGGACAUCAAUGUGGCACACCACCCAUAUGAUGUAAAAAUCCGUGCAUACACAAGCAAAGGGCCUGGUCCAUAUAGUCCAAGUGUCCAGUUCAGGACACUACCUGUGGAUCAAGCAGUGUUUGCAAAAAAUUUUCAUGUCAAAGCUGUAAUGAAGACAUCAGUAUUGCUCUCUUGGGAGAUACCAGAGAAUUAUAACUCUGCCAUGCCAUUCAAAAUCCUAUACGAUGAUGGGAAAAUGGCAGUUGAGGUGGAUGGCCGAGCCACUCAGAAACUGAUCACCAACCUGAAGCCUGAAACAUCGUAUUCAUUUGUCCUAACCAACAGAGGGAAUAGCGCUGGAGGUCUUCAGCACAGGGUGACAGCAAAGACAGCACCAGAUGUACUGCGAACCCAACCACUCUUUAUCGAUAAGACCAAUGUUGAUGGCAUGGUAACCGUGAAACUACCAGAAGUACCUGCUAAUAAAACUAUAAAAGGUUACUAUAUCGUAAUUGUGCCUUUGAAGAAGUCUCAUGGGAAAUUUAUCAACCCAUGGGAGAGCCCAGAUGAAAUGGAAUUAGAUGAGCUACUUAAGGAAAUAGCACGGAAACGCAGAAGCAUUCGUUUGGGGAGAGAAGCAGAUUUAAAGCCAUAUAUUGCAGCACACUUUGAAGUACUUCCUACUGAGUUCACCCUGGGGGAUAAGAAACAGUAUGGUGGCUUUGAGAACAAGCAACUCCAAAACGGCCAAGAAUAUGUUGUCUUUAUUUUAGCUGUUAUGGAACAUUCAGAAUCUACUAUGUAUGCAACCAGCCCAUAUUCGGAAACUGUUGUGUCAGUGGAUCUUAAUCCCCAGCCAAUCACAGAUGAAGAAGAAGGCUUGAUCUGGGUUGUAGGACCAGUUCUAGCAGUUGUGUUUAUCAUCUGUAUUGUUAUAGCUAUCCUGCUUUAUAAAAGUAGUAAACCUGACAGGAAAAGGGCAGAGACAGACUCUAGAAAGAGCAGCAUACCCAACAGCAAGGAAAUUCCUUCCCAUCAUCCCACAGACCCAGUAGAGCUGCGACGCCUUAAUUUUCAGACACCAGGUAUGGCUAGCCAUCCACCAAUACCUAUUUUGGAACUUGCAGAUCAUAUUGAAAGGCUGAAAGCUAAUGACAAUUUGAAGUUUUCCCAAGAAUAUGAGUCAAUUGACCCAGGCCAGCAAUUCACAUGGGAGCACUCUAACCUGGAAGUAAAUAAACCAAAGAAUAGAUAUGCGAAUGUUAUAGCUUAUGACCAUUCUCGAGUUCUCCUGUCGGCUAUAGAAGGCAUACCAGGCAGUGAUUAUAUCAACGCUAACUAUAUAGAUGGUUAUAGAAAGCAGAAUGCCUAUAUUGCAACCCAAGGAGCCCUCCCUGAAACUUUUGGAGACUUCUGGAGAAUGAUGUGGGAACAAAGGGGUGCAACUGUUGUUAUGAUGACCAAAUUGGAAGAAAGAUCCAGGGUUAAGUGUGAUCAGUAUUGGCCUAGCAGAGGAACAGAAACCUAUGGAUUGAUCCAGGUUACUUUGCUGGACACCGUAGAAUUAGCAACAUAUUGCGUUCGAACAUUUGCACUUUAUAAGAAUGGGUCGAGUGAGAAGAGAGAAGUAAGGCAGUUCCAGUUCACUGCCUGGCCUGACCAUGGAGUUCCAGAACACCCUACACCAUUCCUAGCUUUCUUAAGACGAGUCAAAACCUGUAAUCCUCCUGAUGCUGGACCAAUGGUUGUUCACUGCAGUGCUGGAGUUGGCAGGACCGGCUGUUUCAUUGUAAUAGAUGCCAUGCUAGAGAGAAUAAAGCAUGAAAAGACUGUAGAUAUUUAUGGCCACGUAACUCUAAUGCGAGCCCAGAGGAAUUACAUGGUUCAAACAGAGGACCAAUACAUCUUCAUCCAUGAUGCACUGCUUGAAGCAGUGACAUGUGGAAAUACCGAAGUGCCAGCCCGAAACCUGUAUGCAUAUAUUCAGAAGCUGACACAGAUAGAAGCAGGAGAGAAUGUUACAGGAAUGGAACUGGAAUUUAAGCGGCUAGCCAGCUCUAAAGCUCACACGUCAAGAUUCAUCAGUGCCAAUCUUCCAUGUAAUAAAUUUAAAAAUCGCCUUGUUAAUAUUAUGCCAUAUGAAUCCACAAGGAUAUGCUUGCAGCCUAUCCGAGGGGUAGAAGGUUCCGAUUAUAUCAAUGCCAGUUUUAUCGAUGGAUACAGGCAACAAAAAGCCUAUAUAGCUACACAGGGACCUUUGGCAGAAACAACAGAAGAUUUCUGGAGGAUGCUUUGGGAACACAAUUCAACCAUCGUAGUCAUGCUUACUAAGCUACGAGAAAUGGGCAGAGAAAAAUGCCACCAGUACUGGCCAGCAGAGCGCUCAGCAAGGUAUCAGUACUUUGUAGUGGAUCCCAUGGCAGAGUACAACAUGCCACAAUACAUCCUAAGAGAAUUCAAGGUCACAGAUGCCAGGGAUGGCCAGUCCCGAACAGUGAGGCAAUUCCAGUUCACCGACUGGCCUGAACAAGGAGUGCCAAAGUCAGGAGAAGGGUUCAUUGAUUUCAUAGGCCAAGUUCAUAAAACGAAAGAGCAGUUUGGGCAAGAUGGGCCAAUCUCUGUUCACUGUAGUGCGGGUGUUGGAAGAACUGGCGUGUUCAUAACCUUGAGCAUCGUGUUGGAAAGAAUGAGAUAUGAAGGUGUUGUAGAUAUCUUCCAGACAGUCAAAAUGUUAAGGACACAACGGCCAGCCAUGGUACAGACGGAGGAUCAAUACCAGUUCUGCUAUCGAGCCGCACUAGAAUACCUGGGCAGCUUUGAUCACUAUGCAACGUAAACAAAACAAAGAAAAAACCCUGACCCAUCCUGGAUUUUUAACUGCA